AUGAAUGAGGGAGAAUAUUACAAGACUUUGUCAAUAGAUUUCAAUAAAUUAUUAACGACAUGUGAAGAUUAUAAUGUUAUAAUCGGAGUUGGCAAUGAUGUUGAUUACAUGAAAUUUCAUGCGCACAGUUGUAUAUUAAGGGCAAGAUCCCCAUAUUUUUAUUCUGCAUUAUCAAAAGAAUGGGUAAAACGAAAUGAAGAAGGUUUAAUCAUAUUUGAAAAACCGAAUAUUCAUCCCAAAAUAUUUCAAUGUAUCUUGAAAUAUAUUUAUGGUGGAAUGAUAGACUUGAAUGAUUAUGAACCAAUAAUUUCGAAUUAUGAGAAAAGGUUAAUGAUUCAAGAUGGUUCGAAAUGGGUUGAAGAAGAUUUGAUAGAAUUAGAAAUCAUACUUAAAAAUUGUGUUCCUUUAAUUAGGAUUGAUUUAAUUUCUUGUAAGGAGUUACCAAUUGAAUUGCAACCAUUUCAACGUAUGCUCACGAAGAAUGACUCUUUUAUUGACGAUAAUUCAAGUGAUUUGUAUUCGGAUGAGAAUUUGAUGUGCAAAAGUUUGCUUUUAAGUCACAGGAUGCCAUCAAUUUAUCCAAUAGAUUCCACGAUCAUUAAGUGGAGACACGCAGCAAUAAUAUCUAAAUGGAUAGAUCGACAAGACGCUUUAUAUCAUAGUUUUAUAUUUAGUUUUGGUGAUGGUAAGAAUUUGAAUCAAGCCGUAUUGAGUAGAAUACGUAAAGAUCAUGAUGGUAUGGCAUUAUUUUGCGCUGACGUGCGUGGUCCUUCUUUUGGUUGUCACGAUUUAUGGAUGCCCAAUUUUAAUAAUUUAUCUUUAAGAUGUACGAGCAAAAGUUCUUAUUAUGAAAAAACAAUUAUUGAUACAAGAAAAUUUGAUGUUGAGGAAUAUGAA